CCUUAUAAUAAUAUAUAAAAUUAUUAUAUUGUCUUUAAUAAAACUGAAUCGGGUUUUCGGACCAUGUAAAAAGGAAAAGGAAAAUUAAAAGAGAAGUCCAUCACUAAACCCGCUUGUGCGCUACAAAACCCCCGGCCACUGCCACAAAUCCUUUUCUGAAUCAUAAACCCUUCCCGGAAUCAUAAGACGUGCGCUUUAUAAACACAAGCGUGAACACACAGAUGGGGAAGAAGAAGAAGAGAGCAGAAGCGGAAGCACAAACAGAAACAGAGACGGUAGAAAACCACGAACCGGUGAACGACGUCGUCGUUAAUGGCGACUCGGAUAGGAAGAAGAAAAAGAAAAAGAAGGAAAAGGAAAGAAAUGAGAGAAAGAAAGAAGAGAAUGAAUCAAAGGAAACAGCUACAAUAAGCAUAGCCGUCCCUGGUUCUAUCAUCGACAACGCUCAAUCUCUCGAGCUCGCUACUCGAUUGGCUGGUCAGAUUGCUCGUGCGGCGACUAUUUUUCGAAUAGAUGAGGUGGUGGUGUUUGACAAUGAGAGUAGUUCAGUGAAAGAGGAUCGUACUACAAUGAUCACAGGCAAUAACUCUGAUGAAAAUGAAAGUGGUGCUGCAUUUCUUAUAAGGAUUCUGCGGUAUCUCGAGACUCCACAGUAUCUAAGAAAAGCUCUCUUUCCUAGGCUUAAUAGCCUGAGAUUUGUGGGCCUAUUGCCUCCGCUUGAUGCUCCACAUCAUCUCCGCAAGCAUGAGUGGGCUCCAUUUCGAGAAGGUGUCACACUAAAAGAAAAAGCCCCAAACUCAAUAGGAACUCUAGUUGAUGUGGGUUUGAGUAAGAAUGUUGUUAUUGAUCAAGUAGUUGAACCCGGUAUAAGAGUGACCGUGGAAAUGGGAACUGACCGCAAUUUGGAUUCUGAAUUGCCACGUCAGGUUGUCUCAUUGUCCAAGCCCAGGGAGGAAGCAGGAAUGUAUUGGGGAUAUAGAGUACGUUAUGCUUCUAACAUCAGCACAGUGUUCAAUGAUUGCCCAUACAAGGGUGGCUAUGAUCAUUUGGUUGGUACCUCAGAGCAUGGUCAGAUAAUUAACGCAUCAAAGCUUUCUUUGCCAACUUUCAGGCACUUGUUGAUUGCUUUUGGGGGGCUCGCUGGACUAGAAGAAAGUAUUGAAGAAGACAAUAGCUUAAAGGGUAAAAAUGUUAGAGAGGUUUUUAAUUCAUACUUGAACACCUGCCCUCAUCAAGGAAGUCGAACAAUUCGAACUGAGGAAGCAAUAUUCAUUUCACUUCAAUAUUUCCAAGAACCAAUUAACCGAGCAUUGCAAAGAAUUCAAGAUUAGCAUGCAGUUGGCUGAAGGUUACGGUUAUCUACAUUUAUACUUGGCAUAUCUCUAAUCAAAUUUACAGAGACUCUGGAGCACAACAGGGAGGACAGAGUUCAAAAAUAUUCCUCAAUAGGAUGAUGAUUUUAGAAAUUUUGAGGUUACAUUAUUUAGCCUAGGUUGGCAAGGGAUUUUCCUUCAACGCAUUACCUGUAAAAUUUUGGUAGAAACAAGUUCGGUUUCUUGAUACCGUAAUUUAACACUUGUGUAUCUGUUUGUGGUCUCAAAAACCACUUUAGGAAUGAUAGCAGAACCAAGUCAUGGCUGCUAGUGCAAAUGCGGCAGUAAUCACAGUUGAUUACUUUAAAUUA